AAGAGCGCUGUUGGCAGGAAACGUGAUAGAAAUAAAGUCAGGACAUAAUGUCCCCGAACACCUCGGUCAUCCAAAGCGCCUGCCGAGGCUACCGCGUUAUCAAAUUCGCUUUCAUUUAUUGUCUACUCCACUCUCCCGCCCCCCAGUCAAGAGAGCGAACAGUGUUUCUCCCUUAAAACGAAAACAAGCGCGCGGUUUAACCCCACCCCCUAUCGCUGGACCACUGUGGCUAAACUGGAGCAGCCAGUUAGCUGAGAAGCUGCGCGGAAAGGGAGCGCUUGGGCAAGAGCCCUGAUGCUGGUUUCACUACGGCAGCUCCAGCUUUAAUUAAAAUUCCUCGCCCCCCCCCCCCCGCCCCAAACAAGUGCAUUGCACUUCCAGAUUCUCCUUUGGAUUUCUCAGAGAGUUAUUGGUGUUAUUAGAUUACCAAUAAUCCAAAGGCCGGCCGGGAUAGAGAAAGGUGGGGGUGGGGUGGGGAUGUGAAAGGCAUUCUCCAAAUCUGGAGCCUGUGUCUAAAGUAGGUCAAUGGGAAGGAGAGGCGGGGCUACAUGGAUAUUGUCGGUUUCUAGCCUUGAUAGAGGGCUCUCUCUAGUGUCAGGCAGCGGUAAAACAUGAUUAGAUUUUAGCUCCCGGAACCACGGGACUCCUAAUUUCCAAUAAGUGCAUGUACUUAAUUUUAACUUCCCUUCCUAGAUACUCACCCCAUUCCAUAUUAAAUUUCAACCUUCGCUUUCACCUUUAUUCCACCGGGCGAAGGGAUGAGAAAGCCUCCAAGUAAGAUUUUAUGAGGCGGACGAGGCCCAGUCUUUACCUACCGCCCAGACCCCGCCUCCGCCGCUGAUGGGAUGCGCGACGCAGUGAGAGACCACCCGCGGGUUUUAGGAGAGGACUAUGGCUUCAGGGGCUACGUCUUUGGUGCCCCUCGCCCCGGAAAAUUACUCUUGGAGCCCACUACUAGGACCAAUUAGGAGAAGGCGCCCAGGGGUUAUAAUUCCGAGGAAGGCCAUGAGAAAGCUAGGCAAUCCAGGAGCGCGCCCAUGCGCGCGCUGGGGUCAGCUCCCCGGUCCCUGCGCAAUCCUAACCGCCUCUCUACGUGUUUCGGAGAAAUCGGAUUCCGAAAUCCCGAAACCUAGCCAGGUUUGGCCUGGCAGCUCCUAUUCUAAAGACUUUGGGCGGAAACCGAGCUAAGCAGGGUUCCCCUACUUGCCAACGUAGGCGGAAGGGGCUUUCGGUUUGGUUUUGCUCCAGGUCGGCUGGUGCGCACUGGCUGGAGACCCUCAGUCCUAGGGACUCCCAUCUUUCUACUUUGACGCCUGGCCUAUAACCAGCCCCUUAAGGGGAGUGGGGAGGGGUGGAGCAAGCAAAAAGAGAGAAAGGAAAAAAAAAAAAAGAGAGAGAAAAAUAAAUAAAUGACACACCAGGCAAACAAACACCAGAAUUAGGCAAUUCUAAGUCCUGAAAUGAGUUUCGGAUUGGACCCGAAUUCCUGGGUUCUGGACCGGCUCUGCUACUCACUUGCGCGACUUUCCCCAUGUAUAAAAUUUUUGUGGGGGAAGGGUUGGACCGCGUGAACUCAGAAUCCUGGAUCGGGCGCCGGCGAGGGAUUUAGGGGAAAGUGUGCCUAUUCCCCGCGAGCCUCCCUGGGCGGCCCCCCCUCCCCGGGUGAAUCCCCGGCGGCCCUCGCGCCUCAGGCAGCGAUCCUGGCGGCCGUCGGGGGCCGGCAGCUUCCUGGAAAGUUACUUCUCGUUGGAGCCGGCGAUAGGCAGAGAGUGUUCUGUGAAAUCCGCUGAGCUGAGAUCGACUACGUUCCGGGAAUGAGAGGGCUGUGCCAUUCCCCUCACUGCCCACUGCCUUGACGGCGUAACAGGAAAAAAAAAAAAAAAAAAAAAAAAAAAAGGCACACACAAUGUUAGCUACCGAAGUGUACGAAACGUUUUAUUUGAAUGUAACCAAAUUAAAGGUUGCCACGAUCUCACCACGGGGCCUCCGACGCGCCUGCGGGGGCUUCGAGGCAGAUGGGCCGCGGCGCCCGCAGAACGCCCGGGGGUGGGCGGUCCCUGGCGGGCAGAUUUUAAGCAACAUUUUGGACUGUGAAUCAAGGCAUUGGGCGAAGACAAAAUGGCCUCGCCGGCUGACAGCUGUAUCCAGUUCACUCGCCAUGCCAGCGACGUUCUUCUCAACCUUAACCGCCUGCGGAGCCGUGACAUCUUGACCGAUGUUGUCAUCGUGGUGAGCCGCGAGCAGUUCAGAGCCCAUAAGACAGUCCUCAUGGCCUGCAGCGGCCUGUUCUAUAGCAUCUUCACAGACCAGUUGAAAUGUAACCUGAGCGUGAUCAACCUGGAUCCUGAGAUCAACCCCGAGGGGUUCUGCAUCCUCCUGGACUUCAUGUACACGUCUCGGCUCAAUCUGCGGGAGGGCAACAUCAUGGCCGUGAUGGCUACGGCUAUGUACCUGCAGAUGGAGCACGUUGUGGACACUUGCCGGAAGUUUAUCAAGGCCAGUGAAGCCGAGAUGGUUCCUGCCAUCAAGCCUCCCCGUGACGAGUUUCUGAAUAGCCGGAUGCUGAUGCCCCAAGACAUCAUGGCCUAUCGGGGUCGUGAGGUGAUGGAGAAUAACCUGCCGCUGAGGAACGCCCCUGGGUGUGAGAGCAGGGCGUUUGCCCCCAGCCUGUACAGCGGCCUGUCCACCCCGCCAGCCUCUUACCCCGUGUACAGCCACCUCCCGGUCAGCAGCUUCCUCUUCUCCGAUGAGGAGCUGCGGGAUGCCCGGAUGCCCGUGGCCAACCCCUUCCCCAAGGAGCGGGCCCUCCCCUGUGAUAGUGCCAGGCCCGUACCCGGCGAGUACAGCCGGCCGGCCAUGGAGAUGCCCCCCAGUGUGUGCCACAGCAGCAUCUACUCGCCCAAGGAGGCCGCCCCAGAGGAGGCACGCAGUGACAUGCACUACGGCGUGGCCGAGGGCCCCAAGCCGGCCGCCCCCUCGGCCCGGAAUGCCCCAUACUUCCCCUGUGACAAGGCCGGCAAGGAGGAAGAGAGGCCCUCCUCCGAGGAUGAGAUCGCCCUGCAUUUCGAGCCCCCCAGUGCACCCCUGAACCGGAAGGGUCUGGUGAGUCCGCAGAGCCCGCAGAAGUCUGACUGCCAGCCCAACUCGCCCACGGAGUCCUGCAGCAGCAAGAACGCCUGCAUUCUCCAGACCUCCGGUUCGCCGCCGGCCAAGAGCCCCACCGACCCCAAAGCCUGCAACUGGAAGAAGUACAAGUUCAUUGUGCUCAACAGCCUCAACCAGAAUGCCAAACCAGAGGGGCCCGAGCAGGCGGAGCUGGGCCGCCUUUCCCCUCGAGCCUACACCGCCCCGCCGGCAUGCCAGCCGCCCAUGGAGCCCGAGAGCCUUGACCUCCAGUCCCCAACCAAGCUUAGCGCCAGCGGGGAGGACUCCACCAUCCCACAGGCCAGCCGGCUCAAUAACAUCGUCAACAGGUCCCUGACCGGCUCCCCCCGCAGCAGCAGCGAGAGCCACUCGCCUCUCUACUUGCACCCCCCCAAGUGCACAUCCUGCGGCUCUCAGUCCCCGCAGCACGCAGAGAUGUGCCUCCACACCGCCGGCCCCACAUUCCCCGAGGAGAUGGGAGAGACCCAGUCUGAGUACUCGGAUUCCAGCUGUGAGAACGGGGCCUUCUUCUGUAACGAGUGUGACUGCCGCUUCUCUGAGGAGGCCUCGCUCAAGAGACACACGCUGCAGACCCACAGUGACAAACCCUACAAGUGUGACCGCUGCCAGGCCUCUUUCCGCUACAAGGGCAACCUCGCCAGCCACAAGACUGUGCAUACGGGUGAGAAACCCUAUCGCUGUAACAUCUGUGGAGCCCAGUUCAACCGGCCAGCCAACCUGAAAACCCAUACUCGAAUCCACUCUGGAGAGAAGCCCUACAAAUGCGAAACCUGUGGAGCCAGAUUCGUACAAGUGGCCCACCUCCGUGCCCACGUGCUCAUCCACACUGGAGAGAAGCCCUAUCCCUGUGAAAUCUGUGGCACCCGUUUCCGGCACCUUCAGACUCUGAAGAGCCACUUGCGAAUCCACACGGGAGAGAAACCUUACCAUUGCGAGAAGUGUAACCUGCAUUUCCGUCACAAAAGCCAGCUGCGUCUUCACUUGCGCCAGAAGCACGGCGCUAUCACCAACACCAAGGUGCAGUACCGUGUGUCCGCCACUGACCUGCCCCCGGAGCUCCCCAAGGCCUGCUGAAGCAUGGAGUGUUGAUGCUUUCCAUUCGAGUCCCUUCUCAGAAAUCUACCCAAAGGAUACUGUAACACUUUACGAUGUUCAUCCCAUGAUGUAGUGCCUCUUUCAUCCACUAGUGCAAAUCAUAGCUGGGCUGGGGUAGGGGGGGGAGGGGCGGGGGGACCGGGAGCCAAGGCAGCUCCCCUUCCCCUACUGCCAUAAAACAUUAAGAAAAUAAUAUUGCUUCUUCUCCUAUGUGUAAGGCAAACCACGUCAGCAAACGGCAAAAUCAUUUUAUAUAGCAGAGCGGGGGGAGUAUGCAAAAGUUCUGACUUGACUUGGUCUGCAAAAUGAGGAAUGUAUAUGUUUUGUGGGAACAGAUGUUUCUUUUGUAUGUAAAUGUGCAUUCUUUUAAAAGAAGAGACUUCGGUAUGUUAUCAAAGAGAGGGCUUUAAUUUUUUUAACCAAAGGUGAAGGAAUAUAUGGCAGAGUUGUAAAUAUAUAAAUAUAUAUAUAUAUAUAAAAUAAAUAUAUAUAAACCUAAAAAAGAUAUAUUAAAAAUAUAAAACUGUGUUAAAGGCUCGAUUUUGUAUCUGCAGGCAGACACGGAUCUGAGAAUCUUUAUUGAGAAAGAGCACUUAAGAGAAUAUUUUAAGUAUUGCAUCUGUAUAAGUAAGAAAAUAUUUUGUCUAAAAUGCCUCAGUGUAUUUGUAUUUUUUUGCAAGUGAAGGUUUACAAUUUACAAAGUGUGUAUUAAAAAAAAAAAAAAACAACAAAAAGAACAAAAAAAGCUACCGAAGGAAAAAUGUGUAGUUUUGUUCUAGUUCUCGGUUUGUAUAUACCUGUACAACGUGUCCUACGGUGCCUUUUUUCAUGGAAGUUUUCAGUGAUGGACGAGCACGCCAUCCCUUCUGAAGUGUAGGCAGACACAGGGACUUGAAGUCGUCGCUAACUAAGCUCUCUUUGGGAAUGUUUGUCUCAUCACAUUCUGCGUCAUGCUUGUGUUAGAACUACUCCGGAGACAGGGUUUGGCUGUGUCUAAACUGCAUUACCGCGUUGUAAAAUAUAGCUGUACAAAUACAAGAAUAAAACGUUGAAAAGUCAA